UCCACAUAAAUAAUUCCUCCUGUUACAAGAGCCAAAAUGCCUUCAGUCAAAGAAACACUUACUCUUUUGCUGAGCCAAGCUUUCCUUGCCACUGGCAGCCCAGUAGAUGGAGAGACCGUUGUGAAGCGACAAUGCCCGGCGAUUCACGUCUUCGGCGCCCGUGAAACGACAGUGAGUCAGGGAUAUGGCUCGUCCGCUACCGUUGUAAACUUGGUCAUCCAAGCCCAUCCCGGAACCACAUCCGAGGCAAUUGUCUACCCGGCGUGCGGUGGUCAGGCUUCAUGUGGCGGCAUCAGCUAUGCUAACUCAGUUGUGAACGGAACCAACGCCGCGGCGGCGGCAAUCAACAACUUUCACAACUCUUGCCCGGACACUCAGCUGGUGUUGGUCGGAUACUCGCAGGGUGCUCAAAUCUUCGAUAAUGCCCUCUGCGGAGGAGGCGAUCCUGGUGAAGGAAUUACCAACACUGCUGUCCCCCUAACUGCGGGAGCAGUUUCCGCUGUUAAAGCAGCAAUCUUCAUGGGAGACCCUCGAAACAUUCAUGGCCUGCCCUAUAACGUCGGAACCUGUACUACCCAGGGUUUCGACGCCCGUCCGGCUGGCUUCGUCUGUCCCAGCGCGUCCAAGAUCAAGUCUUACUGCGAUGCCGCAGACCCGUACUGCUGCACCGGAAAUGACCCCAACGUUCACCAAGGUUACGGCCAGGAGUACGGCCAGCAGGCUCUCGCUUUCAUCAACAGCCAGCUCUCCUCAGGCGGUUCUCAACCCCCGGGCGGCGGCCCGACCAGCACCUCCAGGCCAACCAGCACAAGAACUGGAAGCUCUCCUGGCCCAACUCAGACUCAUUGGGGUCAGUGCGGAGGCCAGGGCUGGACCGGUCCUACGCAAUGUGAGAGCGGCACGACUUGCCAGGUUAUCAGCCAAUGGUACUCUCAGUGCUUGUAAAGAGCAUGAAGGCUGAG